ACGUACAUAACAAUUGGUUUCGUAUGGAUAGAAUAAGUAAUGUUAUUAUUACUGUGAGCUCGCACUUUUUAGCUCUCUCUCAUAUGUAUAUCUUUCUUCGAUGGUAGUGUGAGUCUCGUUGUGAUCCGUGCUAGAUACGACGUCGAUAAACAUCAUGAGUGGGCCACCACAGAAUACGGAAGACAUGUCCAUAAUAUUGGGGCGUCGUUUAACUAAAGAAAGAGAACGUUUGAUAGGUAUGACAAAUGAAGAACGUGCAUGGCGUGCACAGUUUUUAAAGGAUCAAAUAUUAGAUCCCUCUGAACCCAUAAUACCACCAGAUUAUUAUAAAAAAAGAUAUAAUCCAAUUAGAAGAUUUUACAGAGCUCCUAUGAAUAAAUUUGAAAAUAUGUUGGUUCCUCUAGUGGGUCCUACUUUGGCUGAUGGAUUACGUCACAUUGUAGCAAAGGGUAUUAUGGGAAUAAUUUUCAUAUACUCCGCUUGUUACUACUUUAAAUAUAAUAGACACGAAUGGACAAAAUCAGGAGGCUGGAGAACUUCAUUUUCACGUAUUAAACAAUUUCCAAGUGAUCCAGGUUUCCCUAACACUGAGAUACGAUGCAAAGGCAAUGAAUUUGCAAAAUAUGGAUUUGAUAAAUCACCCGUAUAAAAUAUAAAUACUAUUAGUGUAUAUAUAGUUGUUUGAUAUAAUAAAUAAAUGGAGUGGUAGAAAGGAAAA